AACUCGGAGCGCUUCCCGCGGAAGUGCGCCCUGGCCGGCAAUUGGGUGAGUAACCAGGGCUCCAAGAUGGUUAUCUCCGACAGCGAUAAUUCCGGGGUGUUCAGCGGCUCCUACCUGACGGCCAUGGCUGCCACCGACAACACCAUCCGGCCAUCCCCUCUGCAGGGCGUCCAGCACCAGGUGGACCAGCGAGCCCAGCCCACCUUCGGCUUCACCGUCAACUGGAGCUUCUCUGAGUCCAUCGCCGUCUUUGUGGGCCAGUGUUUCCAGGAUGGGGACGGAGAGGAGCAGCUGAAGACCACCUGGCUGCUGCGUGAGGAGGUGGAGUCCGUGGCAGAGGAUUGGGGGGCAACCCGGGUUGGCACGGACACUUUCUACCGCACCAAGUGAGAGGGUGAAGAGAGCAAGGCUUCCACGGUUCCUGCCUUGGGGGGGGAGCCUUCCUUCCUCCCCAUCAGCCGCUCUUCCCCAAUAAACUCUUUU